CCCCGGUGAAAAUGGACAGCCCGCAACGACUAACCCUCCUCACUGGACAGUCCCUGCAGCAUAGAUGGCCCGAACCAGCUCACCCUAACUUCUCGCUGAGGGGAGAUUACAUCAUGAUAGUCCAUAUUGCUUUACCUCUGUUGCUGGUUAUUAUGCAGGCGUCAGUGGCAAAUUUUUCCUGCUCAUCUUGCACCACUUUCAACCAACCUAUGGAGGCGGAAGCUGAGAAAGAAAUACUUCUGGAGGUGGCCAAGCACAACAUUCUCAACAAACUUCACUUGCGCCAGCGCCCAAACAUUACGCAGGCUGUGUCUAGAGAAAAUCUGGCACAGGCUUUGCUACGAUUAAAUAUUGAGUUGGAUGAGGACUAUUUUCUAGAUUUGCCAAAAAAGAAUGGAAAAGGGGACAAAGAAGUGGAUAUUGGUCAAACUUAUGAAGUCAUCAGCUUUGCUGAAAUAGAUAUCUCAAAUGCGGGCAAAAACGUUCUUCAGUUUCAUCUAUCUACUGAUAAAGACAAGCGGGAGGAGAUUCGCCAGGCAGAUAUGUGGUUGUAUCUAAAAGGUGCAUUCGGCAACAUGAUAACCCUGUCUGUGACUUGUAAGUUCAUGCCUAACGCCAACUCAAUAAAAGGCACAGCCGAGGCUAAAGCUGUAAGUGGAGGCUGGUAUAUGGUUCCUUUAAAGAUGUUUUCUGGAAAAGCUCUCAAUGAGGGAACAGAAAAUAUGUACAUAGAACUGAUGUGCCUAGACUGUCAGAAUCCACUUAAAAUGGAUUAUAUUAGCCAUGUACAUCGUCCAUUUUUGGCAUUAAAAGUUUACAACAAACAGGAGGACUCUCGAAUUCGGAGGCAUAUUACAGAGUGCACCGGUGAUAUGCAAAUUUGUUGCCUGAAGAAGUUUUACAUUGCUUUUAAAGAUAUUGGCUGGAAUGACUGGAUUAUCAGCCCAAAGGGUUAUUUCAUGAAUCUGUGUGAAGGAAGAUGUCCUGUUCACCUUGCCCGAGCACCGGGAAUUGCAGCAUCAAGUCAUACAGCUAUCUUCAGCUUAAUCAAAGCCAACAAUGCAUAUUCUAACUUCAGUCUGUGUUGUGUUCCAACAAAACGAAGGCCUCUCUCCUUUCUUUACUUUGACAUUAACAACACCAUUGUCAAGGCAGAUAUUCCCGAUAUGAUUGUGGAAAGUUGUGGUUGCACUUAACAUCUUCAUUUACCUCCUAUCAUUUAGUUUUUCACUGUCAUGAACACUUUCUAAAUUACUGAAAUGCUUAUUCAGGCCCUGUUUCCUCCUUUUCAUGUUUAGGAGCAAUGGGAAUGCCUGAUACCAGAGGGAAAUAAAGGGCAAAAAGCAGCAUAAUACUGAGAUUAUACCAUUGCACGAUUAAGUAAG